GCAGGUAAUUGGGUGGAGGGGUGGUGUGUGAGUGGGGAGACUGACUUACCACAGCCUCCUUUAAGGAGGGCCAUGCUGUGGAGCUCGCUGUUUGUAAACAGAUGCCACUUCAAGAUGGCGGCGGGAGGGAGCAACCUCAGCGCCUGCAACAGAGUCAACGUCCCUAAUGGCGGCGGCUCGGGCAGCCCGACCCUCGGCACCGGCUCGUCGCCACCUCCCUCGAUGUUAGGGGCCGGUCCGGGAGGGGCAGCGGCCGCCGCCGCCGCCGCGGUGGUGAUCUACCGGGAGCCCAUGUACAACUGGCAGGCCACGAAGACGACGGUGAAGGAGCGCUUCGCCUUCCUGUUCAACAACGAGAUCCUGAGCGACGUGCACUUCCUGGUGGGCAAGGGGAUGGGGACGCAGCGCAUCCCCGCUCACCGCUUCGUGCUGGCCGUCGGCAGCGCCGUCUUCGACGCCAUGUUCAACGGCGGGAUGGCCACCACCUCCACCGAGAUCGAGCUGCCCGACGUGGAGCCCGCCGCCUUCCUCGCCCUGCUCAAAUUCCUGUAUUCUGACGAAGUCCAGAUUGGGCCAGAGACUGUUAUGACUACAUUGUACACUGCUAAAAAGUAUGCAGUACCUGCCCUUGAAGCACACUGUGUGGAGUUCUUGAAGAAGAAUCUCCGAGCAGACAAUGCAUUUAUGCUUCUUACACAGGUACGUUGGAACAUUCAUGUCGUGCAUGAUAUCUGUCUGCAGAAGAAACUCAGAAAAAUGAGGCACAGAGCUAUAUGUGGUAAUACCUGCAUAAGGUCAGGCGAAGCAGUCGUGGGACAGCCAUCUGGAUCCCAGGGUUCAGUUUCUGUAUGGCCACGGAACAGGGAGGAUCGAGAGAGAGAACUAAACGGGGACGAGGAAAUUAAGGAAGGAGACCAAGUUGGAGAGGGAGAGGCUAGGCUUUUUGAUGAACCACAGCUUGCCAGCUUAUGCCUGGAAAAUAUUGAUAAAAAUACUUCAGAUGCAAUCAAUGCAGAAGGUUUUACAGAUAUAGAUUUAGAUACACUAAUGGCGGUGCUAGAACGUGACACUCUAGGAAUCCGAGAAAUUCGGUUAUUUAAUGCUGUCGUUCGUUGGGCAGAAGCAGAGUGCCAACGACAGCAGCUUCAACUCACUCCUGAAAAUAAACGUAAAGUGUUAGGAAAAGCAUUGUCGCUCAUCCGGUUUCCACUGAUGACUAUUGAGGAGUUUGCAGCAGGACCUGCACAGUCAGGAAUUCUAACAGACCGAGAAGUUGUUAGUCUUUUCCUACAUUUUACAGUCAAUCCAAAGCCUCGGGUAGAGUUUAUUGACAGACCUCGCUGUUGUCUAAGAGGCAAAGAAUGCAGCAUCAAUCGUUUCCAACAGGUGGAAAGCCGUUGGGGCUACAGUGGUACAAGUGACCGGAUAAGGUUUACGGUCAAUAGGAGGAUAUUUGUAGUUGGGUUUGGCUUGUAUGGAUCAAUACAUGGGCCCACAGACUAUCAAGUAAAUAUACAGAUUAUCCACACUGACAGUAACACAAUUUUGGGACAGAAUGACACUGGCUUUAGCUGUGACGGGUCAUCCAACACUUUCAGGGUUAUGUUCAAAGAACCAGUGGAGAUUUUGCCCAAUGUUAAUUAUACUGCAAGUGCUACAUUGAAGGGUCCAGAUUCUCAUUAUGGAACAAAAGGACUUCGUAAAGUCAUCCAUGAAUCUCCCACAACGGGCACUAAAACUGUCUUCACUUUCUGUUAUGCUGCUGGAAAUAAUAAUGGAACAUCAGUAGAGGAUGGGCAAGUCCCGGAGAUUAUCUUUUAUACGUAGUCAAGCUCUGUGGGACCUUGAGAUCUUGGUUGGUCUCACAAAUACAAACUGAUUGUAUGCUACUGUAUAUUUGAAAUGAAGAGUAAUGUGCCUACUACUAGGCACAAGUUUUGAAUAUUGUGCUUUAUUUUAAAAUUUUAUUGGCUGACAAGUGUAGAGAAAAAGCUUAUUUUCCUUUUUUUUUCCUUCUCCUCUGCUCUGUAUUGUCACAGAAUGUAGGAGUAUUGAUAUUGUGGUGCCAAUUCUAAGCAGUUGUUUUGCUUAAUGAUGUGAGAAAUGCACUUAUGUAACCAGGGCUGUAGCAAAGCUGAGUGUUUAAGCCUUGAAGUUUCAGUUUAAAGACCCAGAGCAUUAUUAUAAUGAAGAAGGGUCAUGGUUAUGGUUAAGGCCAAAGACAUUACACUGCAUACGAGGAGAGCUUCAAAUAAGUGUAUAACACAUUACUAUGUAAAAAACUUUGGAUUGUACCAGCAGCUUAUGACGCAAGGAACAAAAUCCAGAUCUUUAAACAGGGAAUCUGUUAACUUGUAAUGUUUAAUGAAGUGUAUUAGUAAAUAAAUGUUUAUCAGCACCAAAUAUAACUAGAAAGCUAAAAUAUGUCCAAUCCAUUUUCAGCUCUUGCUCUCCUUUUAACAUUUUGUGAAUGGUCUAUCCUAACAGUUCAGUGGAAAAUCUCUCAAACUGUUAUUGUGAUAACAUAUUUAGUCAGUUAUAUAUGGGUCCAAUUUCUUGGGAAGUUAUCUGCAAAGUAGUAUGUGUCAACAUACUAAAGAGUAAUGGUUUCUGUUACUGGUGUAAAAUACAAUUAAAGCAAAUAUACACAGUAUGGCUUUCCAAGAGAGAGGUGAUUUUUUUUGUCAGUAGUUUCAAGAACUGUCAUUGAGAAUCUGGAAUAUUAAAUAAAUGUAGGUCAACAUCAAUUCGGCAGUUAACCUGUAGUCUGAUAUGUUUUCAAAUGUAGAGCAGCCCACCCUGAAUUUCAUGAAGGUACAGAGUUGCCAGAUCUUUAAUUGUCCUUGGUAUGGGUGAUGUACGUUAGGUGGAAUUCAAACAGAAUAAGAAUAGUGAUGUUACUAUGGCUACUGUAUGAUACAGGUCAGUUUGAAAUAAAAGGUAUCCUCUACUUAGAAAGGAUGGCAUCAUUAAAGCUACAGGGAUUGGGGAAAAUUAGAAGGAUCUUACCGGGAGUUAUGUUGCAUUCUCACAUUAUAUUUGUAAAACAUUAAAAUAAUUUUAUGAAGAAAUGAAAGUAAACAAUUUGGAGGAAAGAAAGAUCCUAUUCCUCCAGUAAUUUUAAGGCCACACCUUAACAGCCCCGUGUGUGUGUGUGUUUGUUUCGAUGAUUAAUUUUUAUUUCCAAAAAUCUUGCACUACUUCCCUUUGCUACCACUUUGAUUUCAUGCUCAUUAUAUUUUGUAAUAAUUUGCUUAAUUUGUCUAAAACACUAGAAAGCAUCGGUAUUUACUGGUUUAAUAGAGAAAAAACAUGAUUGUGCAACUACAGAAGAAAGGUUUGACUUCGAUGCUAGAUUGGUUUCAGCUUGGCUCAAGGUGGUAUUUAUUUUAAAAAUGCAGGGAUUAACACACAGAACUAUAUAAAUUUCAACACUGAAAACCAGUUGUAGGCCCACACUGAACCCAUUUACUCCAAUACCAUUUUACUUGUGUUCUGUUGUACCUCUUUAAAUUAAUAAAAUCAUACCUAUGUGUACAUAGCUGUAGCAAACACAAACAUUUGUAGUCAAAAACACAAUGCUGGAAGUACUCAGCAGGCCAGACAGCAUCUGUGAAGAGAAGCAGAUCGAUGACCUUUCAUCAGAACCCAGGAAAAGUUAGGAAUCAAAUGUGCUUUAUACUGCAGAGAAAGGAGAGGGGUAGAGAAAUGGAACGUCUGUGAUUAGGUGGAGACCGAGGGAGACUGAAUGACACACGUGGUGGUAGUGCCAGCUGAGAGAGUGUGGUGAAGGCUUGUUUACAUUUGUAUCUAGUGAACCAUUAAGGAAAAAUGGUCUGUGUAUGUUUCCCUCUAUCAAAUGAUUAAAACUGAACAGUAAUGCAUUAAAGUGUCCUUUUUAAAUUUUAGAAAACUUUAGCCUCCCUAUUAUAUUUAGAAAGUAAUUGAAAUAGUUUACAUAUUGAUUUUGUUCCUUUUGUUUUACUUGUGUGCUCUUCAAGGUCACAACUUCUAUGUGUACCAUUUGGAUGAAACUUAAAAAUACCUUUUACCAACAGCAUUGUAAUUAAUUACUCAAGGUUGGAAAAACAAAGGUGCUAAUUGGCCAACCAUCUCUAUAUGAGAUUGGUAAUUGUGCCAUUUUGAAAUUCAAAUCCUGCCUUGUAAGUAAUAUUGAACAGUAUUUUCUCUAUCUUGCAUACAGUAUUUACAAGUACAUAUUGACCAUUUCAUCAAUACAGAAUGGCCAAAUUUAAUCUCAAUGAAGAAAUGAGAAAGGAUAGGACAGUUUUCCUUGCCACUGCCCACAGCUUGACCCUGUAAAAUCUUCAACUGAAACAUGUGUCUUUUUUACCUGCAGAAGGGACUUGCCAAAAUACUAAUUAAUUUAUUUCACAAACCAUUUGGUGCAUACAUGCAAUUGAAGUCCUUGUACUUAAACACAUUAGGGUUAUUUGUAGUUGAUUCGAGUUGAAGUAUUGAACUACAGUUUUUUUGUGGAAGUUGCUGUGAUCUACCCAUAUAGAAAACAAUUCUGUGGUAUUUUAAAUAAUGUCAUGGUUUCAUUUUGGUUUAAGGACUACUUAACACUUUCUCAGGUUCAGACAAUUUUAAGUUUUUCAAUGUGUUAUUUUGAAGCAACUUGAAUCACAGCACCAGAUUUCCCUCAAGCUAAUAAAAUCUUCAAUAUGUAGGAAACAAAGAUGAAUAAUGGGUAAAUACAGAGGUAAGAUAAAGAAGCUAGUGAUGAUAAAUUAGCAAGGUGUGGUUAACGCCGCCUUCCUUCUAAUGCCUUAAGAGUCUUUUAUGAGCCAACCUUUAAGUGGGCCCCAUCUUUAAAACAGCCAUGACAGAAAAAUCAUAAUUCAAAAUGGUGAAAUCCAAUAAGAACAGCAUGUAUUGCUUUCAGUGAUACCUUGAGAAUUUCAGAUAAAUUUGCAGUGGCUCAUAGUAAGCUAUUGCCAACUAAGUCUUCAGCCAUAUGCAAGUUCACAUUUUUUUGUAAGGAAAUGCUUAUCUAAAAUGCUUGGCUAUUUCAGGACUUUAAUGAAAAAGAACUGAAGAUCUAAAGAUAGAUACUUAACAAAUGCAUGAUGUAGCUCAAACAUUCAGAGAUAUGUUAGCAAACUGCUAUUGGAAAUUGCAAGAUUCUGCCCAACUCAAAGCCAGGAAACACCUUAGUUGUGAUGAUUUCUAAUGAGUCACUUGAUAAUUUUAGAAAUAGUGCAUGCACUUUAUGCUAUUGGAAUCAGCUAUUGAGUGCAGUUGAACUUUGUGUAUUUGGGGAAACUUGAAUAAGAACACAGUUAUCUCCCCUGGUGAUGCACUGAAACUUGAAGGCUUGCUGAACAGCGACAUUGCUAUGGCCCUUUCAUCAACCAAUACACAAGUCGUGGCAUUAUUUAAAGAGAAUUCUUUGCUUAUUUAGACUUUGAAUGUAUUGCUAAUUUUAUUGUAGAAACUGCCUGUCAGAAUUUGCAAAUAAAUAUCAUGUAAAUUUUUAAAAGGAGUACUUAGAAUCUUAGAUACUGUAGGAAGAAUGUAUAAAAUGAUCAGUAAACCUUUAUGUAUUCUCACUUAAGCUUUGAGAGCUUAUUUUGUCAAGAUGUCCACAAUAAUUCAGUAAGUCUGCAGUGGAAGUGUGGAAUGGCAGUUGUACAUGAUUGCAUCAGUGAAGGUUCCCAAAAGGAGAGUAUUUGAGGGAGCUUACAAAUCGCAGAAGCAAGAUUUUGUUGCAAACUGAAAUACAAGUAUCGAAGCAUUCCCAGAAGGGAUAAAAAGGCAAUAUGGCUCAGGCCAUGCAACAAGUGUGUUGUCCUUAAAUUUAAACAAAAAUAAUGUAUCCGUGUUAAAAUCAAAAUAUCACUGUAAUUAUAAUUACCUUUACCCCUUGCCACACAAAUCCAGGAAAGAUGUUAUGUGGUAAUAUGAUUCAAUUUUCUGUUGAAAUGUGUAUUUUUGUUUUGAUUGACUUGCAACUCUGAAACACUUGAAUAGAUUAUAUAAAAUUUGAAUUCAAUCCAGAGAAAUGCUGCAGGUUCUGUUUUCAUUGGAGUAAUUUGGAAAAAUGUAACAAAUCACUAAAUGCAGUAACUCCAUUAGUUUCCAUGACCAUUUAGAAUUUUUGAACUGUAAUAUUACAGUAAUAUGCACUUUACAAACUUGCAGAGCUAUGAAUUUAAUGAGAUUGCUAUUUCCAUUACUGCCAUUAGUUGGCCAUUAGUGGUACUGCAGCGCUGUUACUUAGAACCACAAUGUAUUUUUUAUAUAUAUAAUCUCAAUUGUGUGUCUAACUUCAUUCUGGAAUACAGAAGUACAAUAUUCAUGUAUGGUAAUCUAAUAGUCCCUUUGAUUAGGUGGUGGGGAAACAAAAGUUGGUCAGUGAAUGUUGGAUCGGGAAAUAAAUGCAGGAAAUACGGAUUUUUAGGUAAGAUAUUGUUAUUGGAUCAUUUUCCUCAGCACUGGAAAUUCAACACAAUGUAUUUGAGCAUUCAGCCAUUUUGAACACUUGUAUCAUUUAUUAAUGGCAUUUAAGUGCAUUAGAAUGAUUUCUGCUUGAGACCAUUUUUGAUCAAUAGUGACUGGACUGAGGCAAUGUACAGACUAAAUAAUCGGUGGAAGAGAGUUAACCAGGCAAUUCAACCAUUUAAAGGGUUCUGAUUGAUGUGUAUACAAGAUCAGCCCUAGAGACUUUUGAUGUUUUUAUUCAACAACUUAUUAUUUAUGUGAUUUAGUAAAAAAAUAAACACUAUUCAUGAAUGUGUAUGAAUCCCUGAAUUCAAAAUUGCUUCAAAUCCUUAAAUGAUGUGAGUGUGUGCAUGUUACAAUUAAAGAAUACACAACAAAAAAAAGUCAUUGGCAAAAAUAUUAUCCAAGUAUUGAUAUGAUAGAUGAAGCCCGAAAAAUGUUUCACAAAUCUACUUUGUUAAAAUAAAACAUUUUAAAAAAAAGUUUGUGUAAUUCACUUUUGAUGCUUGUGCAUCUUGUACAUUCACAACUUAAUUAUUGCAGUACCUGUUUAUAUGUUUGAUUUUUAAGUCUACAGUUGUUUCAUACUUUAUAUAAAAUAUUGUGCAGUUUGGAAAGCCUUCCUGUUCUCUAUUGUCAGAUGACUGAAAUCAUUGUUGUAUUUGCAUUUUAUCACCCUUCUCAGAAUACCCAAGUACUCACAACCAGGCAAGUAAUGCUGUCCUGUAAAUGAAUGCAGCUUCCAGUGUGCACUCAAGGUUCCACAAACAACACUGGAAUGAUUACAGUAAAACUCCAAAAGCAUGCUCUGGACU